UCAUAAAGAAAACAAUUGUAAUACACUUCCUCCUUCCUUUCUUUCGGAUCACCAUUAUUCUGAGAAGGAUCCUGCGCUGAUCAGGUCUGGGCUGCAGCUGCCUCCUGCUCCAGGUCCCCAGGCCAUGGAUAUGCCCCGAGCAGUAAAGGCACAGUGUCCCUGGCGCCCAUGCCUCGUCAGCCUGCUGCUGCAGCUGCUCUUUGCUCUGGGUUUCUUCUCCUACACCCGAGUGUCCUAUGACCGACCUGGACCCCCAGCUCCUGGUCGCUCCCCGGGACCAGCCUCCACCCCGACUCCCCCUGCCCCCAGACCUCUCCUCAUCUUACUGUGGACAUGGCCCUUCCACACACCAGUGGCUCUGUCGCCCUGUUCCAAGAUGCUCCCGGGCACCGUCGACUGCCAGCUGACCGCCAACCGGAGCUUGUACCCCCAAGCAGACGCAGUCAUCGUCCACCACCGUGAAGUCAGCGCCAACCCCAAGUCACAGCUGCCACCUCAGCCGAGACCACCAGGCCAGCGCUGGGUGUGGUUCAGCUUGGAGUCGCCCAGCCACUGCGGCCAUCUCAGCCUCACCAUGUCCUAUCGCAGUGACUCUGACAUCUUCACGCCCUAUGGCUGGCUGGAGCCGUGGCCGGAGCCUCCAGGCCAAAUCCAGGUCAACCUGUCUGCCAAGACUGACCUAGUGGCCUGGGCUGUGUCCAACUGGAACUCCAAGUCGGCCCGGGUGCAGUACUAUGAGAACCUUAAGAGUCACCUCCGUGUCGACGUGUAUGGCCGAGGGCAUAAACCGCUUCCCCAAGGCAACAUGACGGAGACACUGGCCAGAUACAAGUUUUACCUGGCGUUCGAAAAUUCCCUCCACCCAGAUUACAUCACAGAGAAGCUGUGGAGGAAUGCUCUGGAAGCCUGGGCCGUGCCUGUGGUCCUGGGGCCCAGCAGGAAGAACUAUGAACGGUUCCUGCCCCCUGACGCCUUCAUCCACGUGGAUGACUUCAAGAGCCCAGGGGACCUGGCUCGGUACCUGCAGGAGCUGGACAGGGAUAGCCUGAGCUACCAGCGUUACUUUCGCUGGAGGAAGACGCUCAGGCCUCGCUUGGGGAGCAUGGUUCUGGCCUUCUGCAAGGCGUGCAGGCAGCUGCAAUGGGACCAGAAGUACCAGACGGUCCCCAGUGUGGUGGCUGUCCAGAGUCCUAUGGCUCCUCCCGUGGGCUCCUCCAGCAAUGCCAUCUCUCACGACUGGGCUUUCUUUCAUCGCAUCUAUUUUCCCCGUCUCUCCCAGGCCUUCAGGAACCGCGACCUCCCACAGCCGACAACCCACUUCGCGCAGAGUGAAUGA